CGCGCCGCACCAUGCGCCGAGAUGGUCCACCAGGAAAACUGCUGCUACCAGGCUCAGAAGAAUGAGAGAGAGUCCAUCAGGCAGAAGUUGGCCCUCGGCAGUUUCUUUGACGAUGGCCCGGGGAUUUAUACGAGCUGCAGCAAAAGCGGCAAGCCCAGCCUGUCGUCCCGGCUGCAAAGCGGGAUGAACCUGCAGAUCUGCUUUGUGAACGACAGCGGCAGCGACAAGGACAGCGAUGCCGACGACAGCAAGACCGAGACGAGCCUCGAUACUCCCCUGUCCCCCAUGAGCAAGCAGAGCUCUUCCUACUCAGACAGAGACACUACUGAAGAGGAGUCUGAAUCCCUAGACGACAUGGAUUUUCUCACUCGGCAAAAGAAACUACAAGCUGAAGCCAAAAUGGCCUUGGCUAUGGCAAAGCCAAUGGCCAAAAUGCAAGUAGARGUGGAAAAGCAGAACCGGAAGAAAUCUCCAGUAGCUGAUCUUCUGCCACAUAUGCCUCAUAUAAGUGAAUGCCUGAUGAAGAGAAGUUUAAAGCCCACUGAUCUAAGAGAUAUGACUAUCGGGCAGCUACAAGUGAUAGUCAAUGAUCUCCACUCACAAAUAGAAAGCUUGAAYGAGGAGCUGGUGCAGCUGCUGCUCAUCCGGGAUGAGCUGCACACGGAGCAGGACGCGAUGCUGGUGGACAUCGAAGACCUGACCCGACACGCGGAAAGCCAGCAGAAGCACAUGGCAGAGAAAAUGCCGGCAAAGUGAAGCCAGAAGCCGUCGGACCAGAGGGCGAGCUAGACUUUAUUUUGCUUCUGUGUUCGUACAAACGCUGGUGUCCAAGGUGGCGCACAAGAAAAUCAGUGUUAGUCAUUGACCAUGUCCAAAGCUUUACGUCCAGUGAUUGGCCUCUGCUUCUUAAUUUAUUUUAAUUUUUUUACUUCUGCCACUAAAUAUGAGGCAUUUUAAUAAUAUUAUUACAAAAAUGUACAGUACUUAUAACAUUAUAAAUCAUGGAUAAGAAGAGAGGGUAGUUUAACUUUAUUUUUGUUUGUUUAGAGAUUUUGAGUUGAAUGAUAUUUUACCAUUGACUACUUUUUUAUUCCUCACUGUAGUUUUAAAUAAAGAAACUGUAAUUGACGGUGCUAUACAAGUCAAAAAAAAUACAUGCCUGCCUCGUAGUGAAGUUGUAGCUUUCAGUAAUAUGUAUAUUUUAAUCAGUUUUCAACAUUUUGUGAAUGUUGACUACCUGACGUUCAUUUUUAGAUGUGCUAUUAACAUUCGGUUGGAUUCAAAGAGUUACCUGGAAAGUUUUAUGUAUAAAUAUGUAAAAUAAAAAUUUAAAAAUUUGUUUCAUAUGAUAUGUCUUUUUGUUGCCUGGUGGUUGGCUUUGGUGAUGCACCGGUAAUGUAUUCAUGUACUAAAUGUACAAUUCCUAAUUUGCCUUCACCAGAAAGAGCCUUUUUUUUGCCUAUCACAUGAAACUAUGGAGCAAAGACAGGAUUUUUUUUUGUAGAGUUAUUUAUUUGUAAGUUCAUAAUGUAUGUAUGACAUUGACUUAAGAUAUUCUUAUACUAUUAUACCGUUCACCGGGGCCCGAAUAGUGUGACAGUCG